GGGUAGCACGCAUGCUCUUCUCCAGCCUUCACAAGGGAAAAAAAGGCAAAGAAAAAAAAAGGCAAAAGAUUUAUAGUAAACGGAAGUAGUCUGGAUUGGUCAUAUCCGCUUAAAUCUCCGCGGAGAUCGGUUCUGUUAUCGUUGCCCGCACUGCAGGAGAGUUUGGAUUCUAACGCCGAGAGCCCGGGGCGGAAGUCGCCAGGGUCCUGUGCGGAGUUCUCUGCGGUGCUGUGAGAGGUCUAAGUCAGGCCACAUCAUCCAGGCUGCAAGAUUUUUCUACCUCACCACAGCUGGCCUCUCUGCUUAACUGUUCUUCUGGGAACCUCUAGACACUCAUCCGGCUUCCAGUCCCUGAGAGAAUUGGAUCUGCCAGCAAAGAGGCAAGAGAGGAAACAUACCUGCUGACAUGAAUUUGCCCAAGAAGCCCCAGAGACUGCACCCACAGGAGCAGGAUGGGUCAUGUGAGCCACUGUCAUUUUGUGAGUCUGUCGAAGGAGUUCAUUUGAUGUGGAUUCACGGCUGAGACUGGUGUCCAUUGAGGAUGUGACUGUGGACUUCAGCCAGGAGGAGUGGCGGCGCCUGGACCCUGCCCAGAGACGCCUGUACCAGGAUGUGAUGCUGGAGAUCUACAGCCACCUCUUGUCAGUGGGCUGCCCUAUUCCUAGCCCCGGGGCCAUCUUCAGGAUAAAGAAAAGAAAGGAGGAACAGACAGGAGAGGUUAAGUCCCCGUCUCGUUGUUGGUGUCAAGAAGUGGAGUCAGAGUUUUACACUCCUCGACAGAAAGCUUCUGAGAAUGCAGCAUUUCAAACCAGUAAGGCAAGUGCCAUCACAAGGCACGGUUUGUGGUGUUCUAUUUUAGAAGAACUGUGGCAAGAUCCUGACCCUGCAAAAAGGGAUCGGCAAAACCAGAUCCCACCCUGGGGUCCUGGUGUUUUCCUCAACAAGAAAACAGAGAAUGCAGACAGAGACUGUGGAUGUAAAGAGCCCGGGGAAAACACUCCCUUAUUAUCCAACCGUAUUUCUACACAACGGGGAGCUCCAAAGUUACUUGCAGAACGUUUGAAUCAUAACCUUGAAGCAAAUGGUGAAGAACAAGGCAAUGUCACAAAACAGUUUAAUGAUAUUGUUACAUCUGGUCACCUUGUCACACAAGACUCUUCUAAGGCUAACUGCACCAUUGCUCAUGAAGGAUGGAAUCCGUGCAAAGGUAACCAGUGCAGAAAAGUUCCCAGACAUAAACAACCACUUGCAAAGAAAGACGUUCAUUCUCAUGAGAAACCAGAUGAAUGCACGGAAUGUGGAGAGGUCUUCUACGACGAGUCUGCUUUCUGUGAACACCAGGCAGCUCACACUGGAGAAGGACUUUUUGUCUCUCACAAGUGUGGGAAAGCCAUCCUCCAGAAGACAGAGUUUACCUCCCAUCAAGAAACUCACCCAGAGAAACCUUAUGAGUGUCCCGACUGUGGGAAAUCAUUUAGUCGAACGUCCAACCUGCAGGUCCAUCAUCGAAUUCACACAGGAGAGAAACCUUAUGAAUGUCAUGACUGUGGCAAAUCAUUCAACAAUACAUCCCAGCUGAAGGUACAUUACCGAAUACACACAGGGGAGAGGCCUUACGUGUGUCCUGUAUGUGGGAAAGCCUUCAAGCAGAAGUCAAUCCUCAACACGCAUGAGAUAAUUCACACUGGGGAGAAGCCUUAUCAAUGUACUAUUUGUGGGAAAUUGUUCAGCUGUCCGUCCCGACUGAAAGUGCAUUACCAGAUUCAUAUGAAGGAAAAACCUUAUGAAUGCGGUGACUGUGGGAAAGGCUUCAAGCGGAAGUCCAGCCUCACCGUUCACCAGAAGAUCCAUAUCAAACAAACACACCAUGUGUGCAAUGCGUGUGGAAAAGCUUUCAACCAGAAGUCAGAGCUCAGCACACACCAGACACUUCACCUGGGGAAGAAUUCUCACAAAUGCAGCGACUGUGGGAAGUCAUUCACGUACGCAUCCCAACUGAAGAUGCAUCAUCGAGUUCACACCGGGGAGAAGCCCUACACGUGCCAGGACUGUGGGAAAUCCUUUAAGUACUCAUUCUCACUGAAUGUGCAUUGCCAAAUUCACAAGGUGGAGAAGCCUCACAAGUGCAGCAUCUGUGGGAAAGCCUUGGCUUCCAAGUACCAACUGGAAGAACACAAGCGAAUUCACACAGGAGAGAAACCUUAUGUGUGUACUGAAUGUGGAAAAGGCUUCCACGGUAGGUCAGGUUUCCUGAGACAUCAGAUAACUCACACUAGGCAUAAACCUUUUGUUUGUCAUAAAUGUGGGAAGGCCUUCUUCCAGAGGUCACAGUUGACAUCUCAUCAGCAAACUCAUACAGGAGAGAAGCCUUAUAAAUGUCAUUACUGUGAGAAAUCAUUCAGUCACUCAUCCCAACUAACAGUCCAUCAUCGAAUUCACACGGGGGAGAGACCUUACAAAUGCAACUACUGUGGGAAGUCGUUCAGCAAUUCCUCCCAACAGAAAGAGCAUCUCCGAAUUCAUACUGGGGAGACACCUUACACGUGUUCCGAAUGUGGGCAGGCCUUCAGUCGAAGAUCAUCCCUCAAUCUACACACGAAAAUUCAUACUGGAGAAAAACACCAUAUAUGUAGUGAGUGUGGGAAAGCCUUUAGUCAGAAGUCAGUGCUGCAGACCCAUCAGAGAAUACACACUGGGGAAAAGCCUUACAAAUGUGGUGACUGUGGAAAAGCCCUGGCCUCAAAGGGCCAACUUCGAGAUCAUCAGCGGAUUCACACAGGCGAGAAACCCUACGUGUGCCCUGAAUGUGGGAAGGGCUUCUUUGGCAGGUCAUCUUUGCAUAGACAUCAGAUAACUCACACUAAGGAGAGACCUUUUGUCUGUCAAAAAUGCGGAAAGACAUUCAUCCAGAAGUCAGCACUGACAUCCCAUCAGCAAAUUCACACAGGCGAGAAACCCUACGUGUGCCCUGAAUGUGGAAAGGGCUUCUACAAUAAGUCAUCUUUACCUAGACAUCAGAUGACUCACACUAGGGGGAGAUCUUUUGUCUGUCAAAAAUGUGGGAAGGCAUUUCUCCAGAAGUAUGUGUUGAAAUGCCAUCAGCGGACUCACACUGGCAAGAAGCCUUAGGAAUGCCAUAGGAAAUUGUCCCAGAACACAAUCCACUGAUGUUCAUCGUCAUUCCUACGUAGAAAUGCAGGGAGGAUGGGAAAUCAUCCAGCAGUGCAUUCCAACUGGAUGUGCAGCACUGGGUCUACACUAGAGAAAGACACUACUGUGCUCUGAGUGUUAAAAGGCUCUUAACAGCAUGUCAGAUUACAAUAAAUACCAAGCAGCUCGUACCAGA